UUUGGACGUCCAUGGAAUCUUUUUAAAAAUUAAAAGGUUUGUCUUUUGCCUUUUUUUACACCAGCAAGUUUUGUCCGCACAUAAUCCCUGAGUUAAUCUGUUAUCAAUCCCCUUUUCCAAAUUCGAUUAGAAAGUGUGUUUAGCAAUUUUCUGGUAAAGGGAAGGGGUUUUAAAUAUUUUUAGAGCUUUUAGUAUGGAUCUUGAAAGAUGACAGAACCAGUUCCAUCAUCUAGAAAGCUUGGAAGGAAACCAAAAUGGUAUUUUGCGGACGUUGAGCUCUCGUGGCUUCUAUCUAGAAUGUCAAUGGAUUCGGCUGCUGAACUUAAAUAUAGAAGACAAGCUGAAGAAUUUAUUCAGGAAAUGGUUGAACGGUUGAAUCACAACAUUUUACAUCACAGAGGACAGCUGGCAAAGUGCAUCGCUUCAACAAGAAGACAAUUGCUUGGUUGCAUUUAUUUGGCUUGUAGAUGUGCAGAUUAUGAAGUGUGA